AUGGCGCAGAGACGCAGCCUCGCCGUCCCCUACGGAGCUGUCCUUGCUAUUUCCUUCUUGGCGUGUGUGGCCACAGGUUUGGAGCUGUCUGUAAAUAACCACGCUGCUGACUUCACCCUGACCACAGAGCUGGGCCCUGCCAUCUCCCUCUCGUGCCUCGUGCACAACAGCAGCCAGGCCGAGGAGCUGCUCUGGUACCGCGGAGAUGGGCGGGUGGGUCUGAAAGACGGCAACAAAGUGAACAUCAGCAACAUCUGCAUAUCCCCGGUCAACGAGUCCGACAACGGAGUCGCCUUCACGUGCAAGCUGGCGCGGGACACGUCUGUGCAGGUGUCCGUGAUCCUGGACAUCCAGUUUCCUCCCCAGCUGAGUGGAGAGGAGACCCUCCACGUGGAGGAAGAGAAAGAUGUUACUCUGACCUGCAACUCCAAAUCCAACCCUCAAGCCCAAAGCACCUGGUAUAAGGACAACCACAACUUGACCCUGCAGCAAAAGCGUCACGAGCUGUACCAGACCAGUGAGGUCUUUCGGCUCUCCAUCAGAAAGGUGCAGAAGUCCGACAACGGGACCUACACCUGCGUGGUGCAAUCACCCUUGGGAAAGGGGACAAGGGAUUUCCACCUCAUAGUUGAAGAUAAAAAAGCUGUUUUUCCCAAGGAGGCUGUUAUUGCUGCUAUCGUGGUGAUUACAAUCACAAUACUUUUUGGAAUUGUGGCUCGAAAAGAUAAAUUUUUUAAGUGCUUCAAGAAACCAAGAGAAACAGCUCUGUAA